AUGGCAUCGACGCCGCCUCCUGUACCUCCUGUGACGACAUCUCCUCCUCCUGUACCUCCUGUGACGCCUGCUCCUCCUCCUGUGCCUCCUGUGACGCCUGCUCCUCCUCCUGUGCCUCCUGUGACACCUGCUCCUCCUCCUGUACCUCCAGUGACGCCUUCUCCUCCUCCGCCGCCUACUGCCAUUCCUCCUCCAAUCCCCGUGACUCCUUCUCCUCCACCGCCGUCCAUUGAUUUGACGUCUUCGCCUCCACCUCCGUCCUCUCCCUUGACGCCGUCUCCCACCACUCCUACAACUCCCUUGCCAUCUUCUCCUCCGCCACCGUCUUCUCCCUUGACGUUGUCUCCUCCACCACCGUCUCCUCCUAAAUCUUCCCCACCUCCGCCGUCUCCCUCCACACCCACUCCUCCUCGGUCGGUAACUCCGAGCCCUCCACCUCCAGCGAGUCCCUCAGGCGGGGGAUCUCCUAGAACUCCAUCUGUCACCCCAGGCUUUUCUCCACCGCCGCCUUCUUCCUCUUCCAGCGGAUUAUCGACAGGAGUGGUGGUUGGGAUCGCCCUCGGAGGAGUAGCUCUGCUUGUGGCAUUGACUUUGGUUUGUUUCCUUUGUAAGAAGAAAAGACGAAGAGACGAUGAAGCACCUCCUCCUCUCAAUGCUGGAGGCCGUUACGGUGGACAGCAGCAACAAAAUGCAUCAAAACCAUUAGAUCAAGUGGUGACGUCACUUCCACCCUAUGCACCACCACGUCCGCCGCCGGCUUUCAUGAGCAGCAGCAGCGGCGGCAGCGCCUACGACUCAAACUACUCGGAUCAAUCAGUUCUUCCUCCAGCAUCUCCGGGGCUUGCAUUGGGAGGAAACUAUCAAGGCACUUUCACUUACGAGGAGCUAUCAAGAGCCACUAAUGGUUUCUCCGAGGCCAAUUUGUUAGGGCAAGGCGGAUUCGGAUACGUGUUCAAAGGUAUAUUACGUAAUGGAAAAGAUAUCGCCGUGAAACAGUUGAAAGCAGGGAGUGCUCAGGGAGAGAGAGAGUUUCAGGCAGAGGUCGGGAUCAUUAGCCGAGUACACCAUAGGCAUUUGGUUGCUCUUGUUGGUUAUUGCAUCGCCGAUGCUCAAAGAUUGCUUGUUUAUGAGUUUGUUCCUAACAACACUCUCGAGUUUCACCUCCAUGGUAAAGGACGGCCUCCGAUGGCUUGGAGCUCAAGAUUGAAAAUUGCUGUUGGUUCUGCUAAAGGAUUGUCUUAUCUUCAUGAAAAUUGCAACCCUAAAAUCAUUCAUCGUGACAUCAAGGCGGCAAACAUAUUGAUUGAUUUCAAAUUUGAAGCAAAGGUUGCUGAUUUUGGUCUUGCCAAGAUUGCUUUGGAUACAAACACUCAUGUAUCUACACGCGUUAUGGGAACCUUUGGGUAUUUGGCUCCGGAAUACGCUGCAAGCGGAAAGCUCUCAGAAAAGUCAGACGUUUUCUCAUUUGGAGUUGUACUUUUGGAGCUAAUAACCGGACGUCGUCCUGUUGAUACAAAAAAUGUCUAUGCAGAUAACAGCUUGGUUGAUUGGGCACGACCAUUGCUUACACGAGCACUUGAGGAAAACAACUUUGAAAGUUUGGUUGAUACAAAGCUGAAUAAUGAGUAUGAUAGAGAAGAGAUGGCUCGCAUGGUUGCUUGUGCUGCAGCUUCUGUUCGCCAUACAGCUCGCCGCAGACCUCGCAUGGACCAGGUCGCGCGUGUGCUAGAAGGAAACAUAUUGCCAUCAGAUCUAAACCAAGGGAUCAGACCAGGUGAUAGCAAUGUGUAUAGCUCAUCACAUGGAGGAAGCACAGAUUAUGACUAUGAAGGGAUGAACAAGUUGAGAGGGGUUCAAGAGUACAGUCCAAGCAGCGAGUUCAGUAGUCCAACCAAUGACUAUGAUUUGUACUCGUACGGGUGGAGCACUGAGGGUCCAAACACACGGGAAAUGGAAUUGGACAAAUAUGAAAAAAGCCGGUGA